AUGAAGGCAUCGUCGCAGUGGACUCUAGAUGCGGAUUUUCUGCAACAGCCAUCAUUUGUCACAGAGAGACAGGAGCAGCAACAAGGAGAAAAUCAGGAACUAAGUGAAGGGUGCGGGCUGCUUCAGGAGCAGAAGGAAAAGCAGCAGCAAAGCGAGCGAUUGCUGCUGCCAUUCCAUACGGCGCAAACUGACAAGGUGGAAGUGGGGAGCUCAGUAGAGCUACAACAGCAGCGACAGGCCCUUCAAGAGCAAGAACAACGGCAGCAACAUGGAGAGGGUCCUCUCUGGGAGUUAUUAUUUUUCAGGAGAAGCAACUGGCAGCAGCAGCAGAGCGAUAUUGGGCAGCAGCUGCGGCUGCUACUGAGGUGCCUUGCGGCUGCUCCUGGCUUUCUGCUGCAGCAGCUGCUGCAGCACCUGCUGCUUCUGCUGCAGCUACUACAGCUCGCAGCAGCACAGGCGGCAAAACUAAAAAUUUGGAUUCUUUCAGCAGCUACGGGCAUAGCAACAGCUGCAGCUGCGGUGUACAUACAACUGAGCUCGGAGGUUAUUGCAGACUUCCGAACUGGCUUCUGCCAUGAUUCACUUCUGAAGGCUCAUGAUGGAUGCCUUGCAGGCGUGCCGAAGGGUUUUGCCGGCGUGGGGCCCUGGCGUUCGUGGAAUUCACUCAUUGGGGCUGAGGGUCUCACAGGAGACUUCGUGGACUUCUUUGGCUUCUUUCUCGUCUCAGUCGGCUCUGCUACUGCUGCUGCUGCUGCGGUAACUGCCUUCGCACCGCAAGCUGCAGGAUCGGGCAUAGCCGACGCGAAGGUAUUUAUGAGCGGGUUUAGAGACAGCAGCUUUCUUUCUCCUCGGGUGUUGGCGGUGAAACUUCUUACCCUAUCUCUAGCAGUGGGCAGCGGCCUCUCCUUAGGCAAAGAAGGGCCCAUGGUUCAUAUUGCCUGCUGUUUGGGAUUCCUGCUCCUCAAGACCUGUCGGCGCGCUACAGUGGCGGUUCCUCGGGUGUACCGGCAGCUUAGAUCUCGCGUUGCAGGCAUCUGUGGUUCACUAUGUUGGCGUGUAUCAGCACUCCGGGCUGGCCACGUCGCGGCGUCAAAUCCAACCACAGCCGCCGAAGAAGAAAAUACAGAAAUUAUCAAACUGUGUAGUCUGCCUGCGAGUUCUACGACAGCAACAGGUUUCCCCCUUAAAAAUCGGGAUCCCGACGAGCCCCUCAAUGCAAUUCUUCUUGCAGCAUGUGCAGCGGGAGUUGGUUGCGCAUUUUCUGCACCCAUUGGGGGACUCUUGUUUGCUUUUGAAGAAAUGGGGGGCGGCCUUGGAGCGGUUGGGCUCAGACCAAGUAAAGAAUCAUCUGGAGCCCAGAGGACGCUUUGGAUUUGCUGCUGUUGUUGCGUCGCUGCUGCGAUUACAAUGCAUGCCUUUGGAAGCCUUGAUCCUAUGGCUGCCACCACACUGUUUCAGUCCACGAGAUACACCUUCACGUACGGAUUUUGGGAGCUGGUUCCCUUCGCCUGUUUGGGGGUUUUGGGGGGAUUACUGGGCCCAGUGUUUGUGAGGCUCUGCAUGAAAUGGUUGCGCAUUCACAAGGUGCUGCUGCAAAGUACAUGCAGCCCAAUCAAAGAGGCUGCGAUUGUCGCGGCUAUCUCGGCGGUCACCAACUACUCACUCCCAAUGAUGAAGCACACCUCAGCGGUCCUUUUGGAAAAUUUAUUUUCGCGGUGCAGUGCGGACGCAUCUGCCGAUCCCUUGGACAUGUGUGUCCGAGGCACUGCAAGUAGCAGCAGCAACAGCGAUGGCAGUAACGGUCAGGGUCCCGCCCUGUCUGACGCAUAUCGAGUGGAUGGAGCCCUCGCACUAGAGCUCUGCUGCGUCUUGUUUUUCAAAACAGUGUUGACGGUGUUUUCCUUCGGCCUUAUGGUGCCAGCCGGCAUCUUCGUUCCAGCUCUGACGAUAGGGGCGUCAUACGGUCGGCUGAUGGGUUUGCUGAUGCUGCGUUUGCGCCCUCUCUUUCGCACGUCAUCUCUUUCCGAAACUUUUGCAAGUCCUGGAGCAUAUGCUUUAGUCGGGGCUGUCUCCUUUUUGGGAGGAGUAACGCAAACCAACAUAGCCUUGAUUGUAAUUCUUAUAGAAGUCACCAAGACCUCAGCUGCUCUGGCUCUCCCCUUUCUGCUUUCUCUUGCCAUCGCGAAACUCCUCAGUGCCAGGACACAACAAGGGGGAUUUUACGCUGCCCUAAUUCGAUUUAAAAGGCAACCCUACUUCUUCCAUGAGACUCAAGUUUGCUUUGACGGCCUGACUGCUGCUGAGGCGAUGACAAGGGAACUGCAGAUGCUAUCAGUGGAAGAAACUCCCACACUAGCAGGGCUCAAAGCUCUGGCCGACAACUGCUCCUUCCACGGACUUCCUGUGGUUUUGUCACGAAGCAACAAGCGCCUCUGCGGUUAUCUGCACGCGUGGCAGCUGCGUUUGCUGCUGCAGCAUCUGUUGCAGCUGAAGCACCCUCUGGUCCACGCGCAUACAUUGGUUUCUCUUUAUGCCUUCCGUUCGAUGGCAUCAGCCAACGCAGGCAACGUACCCCCACACCAACAACAACGAAAGCAACAACAGGAGCAGCAGGAGAAGGCCUUGAGGUCCUGUGCCUGUCUCCUUUUCCUAAGUGAAGAUGGGACUCUUCUUCAGUCCAUCCCGCUACUACGUUUAGAAGCAGAUGGCCAUCUGCGAAUUCUCGCAACAGCAGCAGCAGCAACCGCCGAGCAAGCUGCAGAUGUACAGGACACGCCAACGUCAGAGGCAGCGGGAGUAGCAGCAGUGGGCAGCAGCAGCAGCAAGUAUGCAGGGGUAGAAAUGGAAAUGCAACAGUUGGCUUGUGUCUCACACCCAUCCGAAUUGGUAACUACAGCAACGGAAGCAGACAAAACUAUAGACUCAGUAGCAAUAGCAGCGGGGCAGAGCACCGCUUCUGGUUUUCAGGUGUGCGUUGACAUCUCUGUGCUGGUGGAUGAGGAAGUGCUUCAGCUUCCUCCUCACACUCCCCUUCUGCAAGUCUAUAGAUUGUUCGGGUUACUUCAUUGCGAGGUUUGUUUGCUAUCGCGCUGCGGUGUGUUGGAAGGGCUGAUCGGCAAGAAGAGCUUUCUCACCGCAAUGAGAACCCCGCAACUAGAUGAUUGCUGUUGA